UCAACUACACUUGUCAACUACAACAACAUCUUUACCGAUCAAGAAUCAGAACACAAAUCAUCAAACAUCAAAAUCCAUUCUUUCACUUCACAUCUUGUCAGACAAUCUCUGUCACUGUUCUCAAUCUAAUCUAAUCUUUACCUUUUUUCCUUUUGUUUUUUUCGUAUGUUUUGACUUUUGUUUUUCCCCGAUCAUCACCACUCACACAUGGGCCAGUGCCACGGCAAAACCACCACCGGAAAACAACAACAACAACAACAAUAUUAUUAUCAUCCACAGUCUCCACUCUCUUCAUCCGCUACCAACGGCGUCAUCCCCUCCGUUAAAAACACUCCAGCUAGAUCAUCCGCUAGCCCAUGGUCCACUCCCUACCCUCACGGCCUCUCACCCUCACCGUCACCGUCACCGUUAACUCCCGGUCGUCGGUUUUUUAAACGACCGUUUCCCCCUCCGUCACCGGCUAAACACAUCAAGGCCUCAAUCGCUAGACGAUUUGGGCAUGCAAAGCCCGGCCCAAUUCCGGAAAACGGCGCCGUUUUAGAGCCUGAAUUACAGUUUCUGGAUAAGAAUUUCGGUUACAAUAAGAAUUUUGGGGUGACGUAUGAAUUAGGUAAGGAGAUUGGACGAGGGCAUUUUGGUCAUACUUGUUAUGCUAGGGGUAAAAAAGGGGUUGUUAAGGAUCAUGCUCUUGCUGUCAAAGUUAUCUCCAAACUCAAGAUGACAACUGCAAUUGCUAUUGAGGAUGUGCGUAAAGAAGUAACGAUAUUACGAGCUCUUUCUGGUCAUAAACACUUAAUCCACUUUUAUGAUGCAUGUGAAGAUGCAGAUAAUGUUUAUAUAGUUAUGGAAUUGUGCGAAGGUGGGGAAUUACUUGAUCGAAUACUGUCUAGAGGUGGAAGAUACACCGAAGCAGAUGCGAAAUCAAUAAUCGUUCAGAUACUAAGCGUUGUUGCUUUUUGCCACCUACAAGGCGUUAUGCACCGUGACCUAAAGCCCGAGAACUUCCUUUUCACGUCCAAAAAUGACGAUUCCGAUAUAAAGCUUAUUGAUUUUGGUCUUUCUGAUUUCAUGAGGCCAGAAGAAAGGCUUGAUGAUAUAGUUGGAAGUGCAUAUUACGUUGCACCAGAAGUGCUGCAUAGAUCAUAUAGUCUGGAAGCAGAUGUAUGGAGUAUCGGUGUUAUUUCGUAUAUUUUACUAUGUGGGAGCAGACCGUUUUGGGCUAGAACCGAGUCAGGAAUAUUCCGUGAGGUUUUGGGAACAGACCCUAAUUUUGAUGAUAUUCCGUGGCCUUCAGUUUCACCAGAAGCCAAAGAUUUUGUUAAAAGGCUCUUAAAUAAGGACUAUAGAAAAAGAAUGAGUGCUGCUCAAGCUCUUACUCAUCCAUGGCUGUCAAGUGAAAGUCAUCCAAUUCCUUUAGAUAUAUUGAUUUAUAAUUUGGUGAAAUCAUAUCUUCACGCUUCGCCACUCAAACGUGCUGCACUUAAGGCGCUAUCAAAAGCUUUGACAGAGAAUGAAUUGGUUUAUCUACGAGCCCAGUUUACGCUUUUAGAACCAAACAAAGACGGACGUGUGUCUCUUGACAACUUCAGAACGGCUCUCAUGCGUAACGCUACAGACGCUAUGAAGGAAUCUAGAGUUCCCGAUAUUCUAAAUUCAAUGACACCCUUAUCUUAUAGGAAGAUGGAUUUUCAAGAAUUUUGUGCAGCAGCCAUUAGCACAUAUCAACUGGAAGCCCUUGAAACAUGGGAGCAAAUCGGGUCAGCCGCUUUUGAUUACUUCGAACAUGAGGGUAACCGCUUGGUUUCUGUUGAGGAACUCGCUCAGGAGUUUAACUUGGGUCCGGCCGCACAUUCGCUUGUUAAGGAUUGGAUUAGAAACGAUGGUAAAUUGAGUUUGCUUGGUUAUACCAGAUUUUUGCAUGGUGUCACCAUUCGGAGCUCCAACACAAGACAUUAAUUAAUAUUUUCAUUUUUCAUUUUUUUUUCUUUGUAUAUUGAAAGAAAGUUCAUUCUUGCUUUACCAUAUUUUGUGAUUGAUUAUGGUUGAUGAGAGGGAGGAAACUUGUGGUAGAAGAAA